AUGGUCCGCAUCGCCCUGGUCGCGCUCCUCGUCGGCGCCGCGGCGGCGUUCGCGCCGCCGUCCCCGCUCGCGCGGCCGGCGACGGCCCUCGCGGCGAGCCACGGCAAGUCGGGUUUCAAGAAGCUCGCGCUCCCCGCGGACCAGCGCAAGGCGCUGCUCCGGAGCCUGACGACGGAGUGCAUCCGCCACGGCCGCAUCACGACGACGCUCGUCCGCGCCAAGGAGGCGAGCAAGCACGUCGACCACAUGAUCCAGCUCAGCAAACGGGGCGACCUCCACGCGCGCCGCCAGGCCAUGUCGUGGAUGACGGACAAGCAGCUCGUCCACGCGCUCUUCGAGCAGGGCGCCGGCCGCUACGCGGACCGCGAGGGCGGCUACACGCGCGUGCUGCGCACGAUGCCGCGCUCCGGCGACAACGCCAAGAUGGGCAUCCUCGAGCUCGUGUGA